CCUUCAAUCAUUCUCCAUUCCUGACUCAGAAUUCUCGACUAAUUUUUUCGGCUAUCCAAAAUCCAAAUAAAUUUCCAGUUUCAUUUUCGAUCCACCCACGCGAUCCUUUACUUUCUCUCCGCCCCGAUAUGCGUCUUAUAAGGACUCUGCUCACGAAGAUGCCGCGCCUGGCAGCCAGCAGCAGCGCGCGAUCCGCAACGCUGCGAAAUCAGGGUGCCGGCUGCAGGGUGAACCGCCGACCGACGAAUACUGUGGCCGACCGACGCUUCACUCAGAACAUAAACGAAGAUGUGAAGAAAGCAGAAUCGCCGGUCGUGUCGAUGCGUCAGUUCUUCAUGCAUCCCCAGACAUGGGACCGGAACAACGGCUACUUCAACGUGGUGCUGGCCCUGUCCAUAUUCGGCUUCUGCUUCUUCAACUCGUGCUGUCCCAGCGAGGACAAAGUCGCCGUAACUAGCAAACUGGCCCCGCCCAAGAAGUGAAGUGUCCGGGACUCACCUUGAUUGCACGCGCAGACCAGGCCGGAGUUGGUCGAGUGGCACUUGGCGUUCAUGUCGCAGAGCGUGGGAUUGUUGAGGCAGUUCUGCUCCUCGAUGCACACGUAGCCAUCGCCAUGGAACCCAGCGAUGCACUGGCACUCGUAAUUGGCAGGAUCCCUGGCAACGCAAAAAAAACCCAAUAAAAUAUUAGAAUGAA